AUGGAGCGCUCGCAGAGCCGCCUCAGCCUGUCCGCCUCCUUCGAGGCGCUCGCCAUCUACUUCCCGUGUAUGAACUCCUUCGACGACGAAGAUGCGGGGGACAACCGGAGGCUGAAAGGGGCCAUUCAAAGAAGCACAGAGACAGGCCUGGCGGUGGAGAUGCCCAGCCGGACGCUGCGCCAGGCCAGCCACGAGUCCAUAGAAGACAGCAUGACCAGCUACGGCUCGGAAAACAACCUUAACUAUGGGGGAGUCUGCCUGGCAUCGGACGCCCAGUUCAGUGACUUCCUGGGCAGCAUGGGGCCAGCGCAAUUCGUGGGCCGCCAGACUCUGGCCACCACACCAAUGGGGGAUGUGGAGAUUGGCUUGCAGGAGCGGAAUGGUCAGCUCGAAGUGGACAUCAUCCAGGCUCGCGGCCUGACUGCCAAGCCAGGUUCAAAGACACUGCCAGCGGCUUACAUCAAAGCCUACCUGCUAGAGAAUGGCGUCUGCAUUGCCAAGAAGAAGACCAAAGUUGCUCGCAAGUCACUGGACCCACUGUAUAACCAGGUGCUGCUGUUUCCUGAGAGCCCCCAGGGCAAAGUCCUGCAGGUGAUCGUGUGGGGGAACUACGGGCGGAUGGAACGGAAGCAGUUCAUGGGGGUGGCCCGUGUGCUGCUGGAGGAGCUGGACUUGACCACCUUGGCUGUGGGCUGGUACAAGCUCUUCCCCACCUCCUCCAUGGUGGACCCAGCCACGGGCCCCCUACUCCGGCAGGCAUCCCAGUUGUCCCUUGAGAGCACCGUGGGGCCCUGUGGUGAACGAUCUUAGUGCCAGAGAUGGAGAGGGGCUCCCCAAGAUGUCCUGGAGACCUCCCAGCCCUGGCCUGAAACCCCAGGCCCUGGGGCACACUGAACAGAGGAUCAUGGGGCUCACCCCCACAAGGGGGAAGCAGAAAGGGGAGACCUGCCCCCUCAGGCCCCUCCUCACCCCAUCUUUGCCUCCCACUCCCCAAGACCUUCCCUUUCCCAAUGGGAUUGGCUGCACUUUUGACUU